ACUCUGAGCUAUUUCGCGGCAGACACUGUUUUGCACAUCGCCGCCCUUCUCCUUCAACCAUAUCCUCACUGUACGCUCAACGUACACCAUGAGCUGAGCCGAGAUGAAAAUAUCGCAAAUUGGUGGCAGAUGAGACCGUUGGUCGUCGGCCACGACGCCCGGCGAUGUCCGAGCAGGCCAGCUAUUCCACCGCCAGCUGUAUGGCAGAGGUACGAGAGCUCAUCUCUCUGCCUCACCCCGCCAUAUCGGGGCCCACGAACUGCGAGCCUGCGCCGCUGUCUCGAUACCCUACUUACCUUCGAUAAAUGCCACCUUGUUGCUAGCGACCUGUCGCUUUUCUUUCAUUAUCCACUCUGGACAAUUGGCAGGUCCUUUACGUAUACUCUUCGCAGCUAGGCGCCAUCUUCAGUUUAUAGUCGAGACCUUCUCGACUAUCUUUGACUUCUGUCCUUUAUACGCAGCCUUUUGCUCUCGUGAGUCGCCUAUCUCUCGUGCCUGUGUCUAAUCCUCAUACUCAAUUGGCAGCUUCUACUUGCACGAUCUUCUCUUUCACCCCGAUCAGUCUGAAUCUCAUCUUAUCACCAUGAUGUCUUGGAUGACCCCCCAGCAGUUCCAAGCAUGGACUACUGCUCGUCCUAGUCAGCCAUCUGGCUGGCAAGGUCAUUGGCCUCCGAGAGCGCCUCCAGGACCCCCACCUCCGCCCCAGGGCGUAGACCCCCGCCGUUGGAAUGGUGGCCAAUGGCAUUUUAACCCCAUGUACCGAAGUGUGGCGCCUACGGUACAAUCUACAGCCUGGGCAGUUCAUCCAGGUUGGGGAGACGUACGCUAUCCCAGUACUAGAAACCCAUACACGAAACAGGGUCGUUCUGAUUAUUGGGAUACGGCACUGCUAGAUAACCCACUCGGUUUGGAGGGUAUGGAUAUCCGUACCGAUGAGCCAACUUUCGGUCCGCCACGCCCUGCGGAGGAAGCACCACAGACGCCAUGGAUUUGGGCACCCAGAAGUCUAAGUAAGUCCCCUGAACGCCGUGAAAGAGCAGAAGAGCCGCGUGAUGGACAUGGCGUUCGGGACCCGCAGAAUUCUCAGAGUACACAAAGACAAGAUAGAAUGCAGGAUCAGCCCCGACAGCGGACUCAGACACAGCCGGCACCUGUGUCUUCCACACGGCAGGCAUCGAACAGCGAUUCAUCUCGGCAUCCUUACAAUAUCUACUCCAAUGCCUCAUCUGCUUCUCAGAGUGAGAAAAAGGAAUCAUGGCCUAGAUCAGAUCAAGUUCCCUCUUCUGCACCUGCGAUGAUCUCAAAUUAUUCUCAGCACUCACAGCAGGCCCAGGCACUCGCCUCGCGACGAUCGAAUGAGUUUCGUCACCAGCAUUCCCAUUCGCAGGAUGUCGAGCGAGAUAUCCGUAAUGCAUCCAACUCGAAUUCUAGUGAGCUCCGUCGCUCCGGAGAGCACAAUUCAGAAGACAAGUCUGCAUUCAGUUCUCAUCAGCAGUUGCAACCGACAUUCUCACCCAACAUCGUGCGCACGCCCAACCAUUACGUCUCAUCUACGGUUUCAUCUGCAUCUGCAGCUGCAGCUGCCGUCGCUUCCUCGAAGACGCCUGCUUCUUCGACAACACACACACCCGCUUCCUCUCGAAGACCUAGCGGAGACGAAGAUGUCGAUGACCCAUCGCCACCCCGUACACACACUCAUGGCCCGAUCUACGCUCCAACGACACCUUCCCGACUUAAUACCAACGGGAGGACGAGUUCAUCACAGAGCCGUACUCCGAUCAGACAAUCAUCCGCUCCAUCCACUGUUUCCUCCUCGUCGACCUCACUCACUACUUUCACUCCGCUGCACAACUUCUCUGACGAGCCGGCCAGUCUGCUAAGUCCCAUCUUAAGCGGAACGCCUUCGCGUGGCUCUGGUUCCUCCGAGAGCCUUUCACGCUCUAGAACAAGUCCGAAUAUUGGGUCCGGAGGCCCAAGUCCUACACGAGAUCGGGAAGUAUCUCGGAGUCAAACGUACCCUCUGAUAUCAUCGAAUGGUCCUGUUACCAGUUCUGCACCUUUCCCGCCUAUUCCAGAGGAACGUGAACGGACGCCUGCAUAUGGAUCAUCUUCGUCAUCGACCAACUCUCGGACCCCGAGGCCGUCUCCCAGCCGAGUCACUGCACCUUACGCAGAGCGGUCGAUAGCUCCAAAGGAGAAUGGGACGUCUCCAUAUACCAGUUCACAUUCUCGGGAACAUAGCACGUCGUAUACGUCUUCUCGAACUCAGGAACCCAGCGCAGCUUAUUCCUCCGCCUCUCAGAGGGACAGAAGUACGUCGCAUAAUAUCAAGUCGACCUCUCCAUACCGACAUGGGACGGAGCCUGCACCACCGGUUCGCAAGAGUUCUUCUGAUGGCUCCAAUGGCAGGACAGUUUCACGUAGUCAUACGUAUCCAACUCUCGAUGCAGGUCCAUCCAACUAUUCCAGUUCGAAUGCGACAUCAUCGCGUAUUGGCGUUUCGCCUUUACCGUCACCCAAUCGUUCUCGCUCAAGGACGUCUUCCCCAGUGCGAAGCAAUUCUUUGAGGAAUCCCCUUCCGGCUCCACCAAUGCCUUCGCCGUUUGCGCUUUCUUUGACGAAUUCUGUGUCUGCGUCUGCCGCCGCGGCCGCGCAAUCGCAGUCGCAUUCAAGCCAUGCUCCCUUGUCUAGGUCUCAUACACAACCUGCGCUCGGUUCUUCCCAAUCCUCGUACUAUUCAUCACAAUCCGCGACACCCACUUAUUCCUCAUCACAGUCCAUGCCUCCUUUGGUACAGCCUUCUUAUCCUCCCACCCAGUCUUCCACAGCAUAUACUUCGUCCCGGGCGGCUUUACCUACUCACACUUCCCAACCCUCUCAGUCUUCCUAUAGCUCAUCACAAACCACGCAAUCUUCACGCUCUCCUUCGCAUGUCUCACAGCCUUCUUAUUCUUCUAAUCAUACACAUCAACCUCCACAACCCUCUCAACAUGGCUCAUACCCUUCUGGAUCGUCUGCUCAACAACCUUCACAACCUCAAGCAGUCUAUUCAUCCGCAUCCCAAGCCGCCAGCGUCUCUCGUCGAGCUCGGGAUACCUCGCCCAACCCACCUAAGACUGAGGCUCGUGUCGUACGAUACGGAUAUUGGAAUCGACGCGGCGACCAUCUUUUGAUAAUUCCUCGUACUGGGCGUGCUGGUAGUCCUCGGGAGUUGAAGUAUAUUGUCUAUGCUCCUCGUACACAAGCUAAUCCUCCGGAGUUGAGUCAUUACCCAAGUCCCACAGAAGGCUUUAUGGACGACCAAGGACGUACGGUCAAAUACGACCCGUCUAUACCUGAGCUACCUGAAUCACUUCCUCUUCAUGGAGAAGAACCAGCACGACCGUAUGAAUCUUUCGUUAAGUAUAUUUAACAACAGUCUUGUUAGGAUCACAUGAAGGUACGCCUAUUGGUUGGAACAUUGCAAAUGGAGAUGCCCACCCUCGCAGACCUUCAUGGAUCCACGUGUAGUAACUUAUUAGCCAAGCAAUGUACCACCAGUUUCACAAAUGGAUUUCAAAUAAUAUGUUACCAUUAUCAUUACGUUCAGGUUUCCUC